UGUACCUCUCGGAAAAUGAUUAAUAAGCACAUACAAAAUUGAUUUGUAACUGAUGGAUGUCAGUCACAUUGUGUAGUACAGGUACUCCGUAAUAAUUUGAAUGUGAAAUUUGAAAAGUAGUGUAAAUGAUGAAAUAAAUAGGAUAAUAAUUGGGUAGUAAUUGUGAGACAAAAAGCUUCCAAAGCGAAAUUAAAAAAAAAAAAAAAAAACAACAACAAAGAUAAAAGAGAAAGCAAAAGCAACAGUCCAUUCCAGAAAACAGUGAGACAGAGACUGAAGAAAGAUUUCCCCAUCAAUUCCUCUUUCUUUUAAUUUCUACAGUUAGUUUAGCCAAACAGGGAAUUAAGGGAGAUAUUGAGCCAUGACAUGAUUGAGAAAGGAAAUUAGAGAGAGAAAAACAAGAAACAAAAAUGGUAGCAGAAGACAAACACCAACUCUCACGGCCACCCCUUCCUUCAUCUCAUUCCAACACUUUGAAUAACCGCAUCUUUCAGGAUGUUGCCGGAGACAUUACUGUUGUCGUCGACGGCGAAUCCUUUCUUCUCCACAAGUUUCCCCUGGUUACUCGAAGUGGGAGAAUACGAAAAAUGAUUGCAGAUACCAAGGAUCCAAAGGUCUCCAAGUUGGAGCUCUACAAUUUACCAGGUGGUUCUCAAGCAUUCGAGUUUGCUGCCAAGUUCUGCUAUGGUAUGAAUUUUGAGAUCACAGCUGGCAACGUCGCCUACCUACGCUGUGCUGCUGACUACUUGGAGAUGACAGAGGACUACCAGCUAGAUAACCUCAUUCUAAGAACUGAAGCUUAUCUUGCUCAGGUGGUUGUUCAAAGUAUUGAGAAAGCUCUGGAAGUUCUUUCUGCUUGCGAGUCCCUACCUCUCUCUAUUGUGGAAGAGGUGGGAAUCUCAACCAGAUGUGUGAAUGCCAUUUCUGUCAACGCGCGCAGAGAGCAACUUGCUUCCAGUUUCUCCCAUGUAAGGUGCCAUGAGGACGAGGAUGAGGAUGAGGAUGACUCUGCGGAAUUAAAAGAAGCUGCAGACUAUAUUGAUUGGUGGGUUGAAGAUCUCUCUGUCCUCAGGAUUGAUUUCUAUCAGCAAGUUAUCUCAGCUAUGACAAAAGCAGGAGUUGAUAUUUGUAGCAUCAUUGCGUCUUUGAUGCAUUAUGCUCAAGAAUGGUUAAAGGGAAUUGGAAAACUUCAGAUAUGGAAUCCAGCAAGGUUAAGACCACAUUGUGGUACGCAAGAGCGUGACCAGAAGGUGAUUGUUGAGGCUCUUGUUGAUCUUCUUCCCAUUGAGAAAUCAAAGUCUUCACCAAUUCCCCUGAGUUUUCUGUUUGGUUUAUUAAGGAUGGCAAUCAUAGGGGAUGCCAAAAUCUCCUGCAGGAUUGAGCUUGAGAAGAGGGUUGGUUGCCGGUUAGAACUGGUUUCUCUUGAUGAUCUGCUUAUCCCAUCUGUUCACAAAGGAGAUUCCUUGUUUGACGUUGAUACAGUCUGCAGAAUUCUGGUGAACUUCCUUCAGCGGAUGGAAGAUGAAGAAACUAAUCAAGAUCAAUGUGGGUAUGAAUCUCAAGGUUAUAGCUCUCCUACCCAUACUUCUCUAUUGAAGGUUGGACGCCUUAUUGAUGCAUAUCUAGCAGAAAUUGCUCCUGAUCCUUACCUGUCACUACAAAAGUUCACUGCUAUUAUUGAGGCUUUGCCGGAUUAUGCCCGAGUCAUUGAUGAUGGGCUUUAUAGAGCACUUGACAUUUACCUCAAGGCUCACCCUAUGAUAUCUGAAGAAGAAUGCAAGAAGCUGUGCAAGUACAUCGACUGCCAAAAGCUCUCACAAGAAGCUUGCAACCACGCUGCACAGAAUGAUCGGCUUCCUGUUCAAAUGACAGUGAAAGUUCUUUAUUUUGAGCAGCUACGAUUGAAGAAUACCAUGUCGGGAAGUUCAGGAGAUGCACAGUUUUCCCAGAAAAUUAGCAGUGGCAUCGCAAGUGCUGCAAUGUCACCCAGAGAUACAUAUGCAUCCUUGAGGAGGGAGAAUCGAGAACUCAAGCUUGAGAUUUCAAGGUUGAGAAUGAGGCUCAAUGAUCUGGAGAAGGAACAGACUUGCAUGAAACAAGAGAUGUUGGACAAAUCAGGAAAUGGUAACACUUUUUUAACUUCACUUUCAAAAGGAAUAGGAAAGAUUGGGAUAUUUAGCACCCCAAUGGGAAACAAGCGCCAAAAAUCAGGGAGAAAAGGAAAAACUGGCCGUAGUCGAAGGCAUUCGGUUUCUUAAUGUAAUCAUAUGUCUUCAGAAGCUGCCUUCACGUGAAAUACAAUGAUCAGAAGAUAAAUACUUGAGCCCUUUACCUUCUUUCUGUAUCCAAAUGCUAAGCAAACACAUGAACAUAAAUUUGUAAUCGUCACGGUUUACAGAGAGGAAAGCAUGCUUAAGUACCAGUUUAAAAAGUGUUCUUGAAGCAAAACCAAUAUUUAAGCAUAGUUUCCUGCUUCUGAAGUCAAGAUUUGAGGCACAAAUGUUCAACAAAUCAGAGUGUUAAAAAUACUAAGUAUCACAUUGUAUGUAGAAUGCUUCAAUAUCUUGUCUCCUAUAUCUGUUUAAGAAUCUUGACUUAAGUAA